AUGAUUCGUCCACCAAUUACUAUUAAUUGUAAACGAUCGGUAGAAUGUGAAUUACCACCUGUAGCAGGUCCUUGUCGUGGAAUGUUUCCAUCAUUUUAUUUUAAUCCAUCAACAAAACAAUGUGAAGAAUUUAUUUAUGGUGGUUGUCAAGGAAAUGCAAAUCGUUUCGAAACUAAAAGAAGUUGUCUUACAAAAUGUGGAGAGAAAAAUGAAACAAUACAUGAAGAUGAAUAA